GUCGGUUAGCUGUGCUAUGGCUAGCCAGCAGCUAAUGUUAAUACUGGGAGCUGCAGGCUGUUUUUCCCCUCAAACCUCAUAAUUAUCUUGUGGAAAGUAUCACUACAGGGUCUUUGCCGUUGGUCCUUAUCCCCCUGAUAGUGAGUCGCCCUACAUGGCCGAGAUAAUGACAGCGAUGCCUCCUCCGUUUCCGUGGAGAUGACCUGCCACCCUUUCUGGAAUGGUCAGAAUGGGGCCAGAUGUGCCCCUUCUUAACGAGUACAAGCAAGAGUUCUUCUGGAAGCGCUUCCCCCAAACCGUGUUGGGGGGUCCCCGCUUCAAGCUAGGCUACUGUGCCCCGCCUUACGUAUACGUCAACCAAGCGGUUUUGUUCCUGACGCCAUGGCUGUUCGGCGGCGUCGGCACGCUGCUCUGCCAGCUGCAGCUGCUCCAGGAGCUUUAUGCCGCCGUUCUCUCUGGCAUGCUCAUGUUCGCAGCUGCAGCAGGUGUUCAGGCGCUGGCGCUGCACGCUGCACGGAGGAGCGGCACAGUAGUGGAGAGACUUGGCGCGCCCAACAACCUGGUUGAUGAGGAGGAGGUGGAGUUCACCCAAUGCAUCAGCCCGGAGACGGUGCGAUUCAUCGCUCCGGGGAAGCGGUUCGGCCUGAAUGUGGUUCUGCACACGGUCCUAGCUGGAGUUCUGUGCGGCUUCGGGACGUGGUACGUGUUCCUGGGCCGACUGACGGCUCUGUACGGCAGCACCGGCGCCUCCCUUGUCGUGUUUGUCCUCAGCUGGGUGACUCUGUGUAUAGCCGAAUACUCCCUCAUCGUAAAUACGGCCGCAGAGACGGCUACUUUCCAAGCACAGGACACGUACGAGAUCACGCCGCUCACCCGGCCGCUCUACGUUUUUAUCUUCAUCGCCGUGGAUUUGGCUGACAGGUUCUCCCACGCUGUUCCUGAGCUCCAGCUGGCCAGCCAGACUCUACACGUGGUUUUCGUCUUCCUGCCGGUGCUCUGGGCGCUGGGGGUUCUGCCGCCGCUUGACGCCUUGCUGCUCUGGGGAAUGGAGCAGGUUCUGGUGUUUGGCCUGGGAGGCUCACCCAUGUCCAGCAACAUCAGGCUGCUCUUCAUGUGCGCCGUGUCCUUUGGCGUCGCUGUUUGUAAUUACUUCAUCCCGUCAUCGCUGGGCGUUGUCCUCUUCUCCACCUCUGCCGGGUUUCUGCUGAGCCUGGACCUGAGCCAGGUCGGCGCGCUCUGCAGGCGCCAGAGAACCUCCUUCAGGGACCACAGAGUUCACAGCGGGGGGUCGCCAUCUUUCCCUCUCACUUCCUUCGGCUGGAGCCUCGGCUGCCGGGAGCUGCUUCUGUUUUCCAGCCUGCUGGCGGCGGCCACGGCGGAGGCUGGACUGUUGCAUCACUUCAUUGGCUCAGCUCAGUCCCAAGUCUUGGUUACAGAACCUCAGGGUCUGGUUAGCUACCUCCUCAUCAUACUUUUCUCUCUCUGCUGGGCUCUCAGAGAGAUCCAGGGAGCUUAUGUAGUUGCAGGGAUGUUCCUGAAUCCCUUGUACCCUAAAGGAAUGUCCAAUGUUCAGAGCUUCAAGCAAAAGAGCAGAGGGUUACACGUAGUUGCUGCGAUCCGAAGAGUCCUACUUUAUCUUGUGUCUCCGUUUGCAAUGGUUGCUUUUCUGUCUAUGGACGAAUCUCUGCGGUUGCUCCACAGUGUCACCGUCAGUGUGGGAUUGACGCGAGCCUUUAGAGUGGUGUGGCAGAGCUCAGAGGACGCCCUUUUGCAGAUGGUGGUGGUGAUCUUAGUGCAGCUUGCAGCUGGAAGUAAAACCCUACCCGGAUGGGACGCCUUAGGAACUGGAGUUCAGCUUCUUCUGGUGGGUCUGUUGAUGGACAGACUGGGUCAGUUCGUGGCCAAGCUGAAGUUCACCCUCACUGUCCUGGUGACGUCCUGGACAGAGAAGAAGCAGCGGCGUCAGUCGGCCGGCACUCUCCUGGCUCUCAACGCCUCGCUGUGGCCGCUGGUGCUGGCUGUGGUUACGCUCUCUGCCGUGCUCGCUGCCCCCCUGCUGCCCCUUUUCACCCUGCCCAUCUUCCUCGUGGGAUUUCCCAGGCCACAGCGCAGUUGGCCAGGCCCAGUGGGGAUGGCCUGUCCCUGUCCGGACUCCGUCUUCUACCAGCAGAUGAGUGGAAGCUUGGCCUCUGCUCUAACGACGGCCUUUGCAAGCGGUUCACUCGAAUUUGUACCAGGUUCUGUCGCCCCAGGCUCUCAUUUUCUGGGACGUUUCCAGGACCGUAUGGUUUGGAUAAUGAUCCUGGAGAGAGGAUACGGCUACUGUACAGUUAACAUUAAGGGUUUGGAGCUGCAGGAGACGUCCUGCCACACGGUGGAGGCCCGUCGGGUGGAUGAGGUGUUCGAGGCCGCCUUCGAGCGCCCGGAGCGGCUCGGCUUCACCCAGGGCUUCAACCUGCACUGGGGCAACGCGCUGACGCCCUGCGCCGCGCUGGCGGUCCGGGUCUACUCUGACGCCAGGAACGUCCUCUCCGGCAUCAUCGACUCCCACGACAACCUGAGGAAACUGCAGGAGGACUUCAUGAAGGCGCUGACCUGGCUGCUGCUGCGGAACUGUGUGCAGAGGCAGAAAGGUUUGCUGUGGAGCAGCGAGGUCGGGUCGACCAUCGGAGGCAUGAAGUCCCAGUCCUCCCAGUUGGCUCAGACCACAUGUAACCCACCGUCCGAGGCUGUCGUGGUGGAGUCCAACAUGUCCUCUCUCAGGUUCAGACAGGACAGCUCCAGUUUGACGUCGUUCGGGGACUGGUCGGACGAGGACGACCUGUUUGGGCCUCAGCCGGCCCGGCGGACCGUGGCGUUGGUGACUGCGGAGGCGCAGCGGGGACACGCGGCGCUGCACACCGGCGCCUCGCUGCCCGGCUCCGUUGAGAUGGACAGCCUGUUUGAGAACAUGGCGCUGUCCGCGCUGCAGCCGCUGCAGCCUCUGGGGCUCAGCAUCGGCAUGCCUGCGGUGGACAGAGGCCGAAACCCGGAGGUGCUCAGAGAAAGCCCUCACCUGAACUUCAGCUGCCCGCAGUCGGAGGUGUUCAACUUGCCUCCGGUUUGGAGGACGGCGCCGCUGCUCCCGUCCCGCCUGCUGUCGCUCAGGCAGCUGUUCCCGGAGGAAUGGUUUCGCUUCAGCCUGGGGCGCUUUGGGCUGGCGGCGCAGGGGGAACCCCUGGAGGACAUGACCAAAGCCCUGAAGGAGGACGAGGUUCUGAAGGAGCUGCACGUGAAGGUGGCGCUGUCCUGCCUCAUCUCUGUGGGGGCGGAGUCGGCGUUCACCAGCCCCAGUUACAUCUACAGGCUGUACUGCGGAGACGUGCCGUGGACGGAGGGACUGGACUGGCUGUCUUCAAGUAAAGAUCUUUACCAGCUCACACUGCAGGCCUUCAGGUUUAGCUUCAAGCUGCUCUUUGACCAGGCCAGCCUCGGGCCGAUGGAGUCCCCAGAGGAACUGUUCAGCACUUUAGAGGAAUAUGAACGGGACUGGUACAUCGGCCUGGUGACGGAAAGAGGCUGGCACGACAGCGUCCUUCAGGAGAAGCCCUUCCUGUUCUCCCUGGGACACGACCUCACCAUGGGAACCUACACGGGUCGGGUCCUGUCCCUGCAGGAGCAGCUGGUGCAGGUCGGCCGUCUGAACGGAGAGGGGGUCAGAGGUCAGUGGGCAAACCUUUCUUGGGAACUCCUGUACGCCACCAACGACGAUGAGGAGCGGUACAGCAUCCAGGCUCACCCGUUCAUGCUCCGAAACUUGACAGUUCAGGCCGCUGACCCGCCGCUGGGUUACCCCAUCUACUCCUCCGCCCCACUCCACUUCCCCUGCCUCUGACCUGGAGUCCCUCAGGGCGCCUUCGUUUCAAAAGAAAACACCUCAGUUUGUUUCUCAGCUGUUGAAGUUGUGCAUUGUUUUCUGUUUGGACACCCAUUAUCUUUCUUAUUAAAGCUGCAGGAUGUAACUUUUAUAAAUAAUGUUUUUUAC